GCCUUUACCCUCGUCUGCCCCGGUCAGCCGGUAGAACAGGAAUCCCUUACCCCGCGCCCCUGUCCGCCACCUCCUUGCCGCUACCCCUGCCCCUUCUCGGACAAUCGGAGCCUCACCACGACCUUUUGGCGAUCAGCAGAUUGCUCUGUCCGUCGAGGAUUAGCAAGCGACAGUGUUGUAGUCUGGGAGAUGACAAUGCGAGCAAGCACAUGAGUGACCCUGGGCACCCGUGUCCCAGUCUGUUGGUCGGAGCGAGUCCGAGCAAGUUGCUCAGAGUAAGGCAGUAAUUAUAGCCAUAUCGUUGAUAGGGUGGCAAGUGCCUUGCCCAAGAGGAAGUGAUGGAGAAGGCCCGAGCUGAUGCAAGUGGGUCUGACCAUCAUGCGGUCAGUCCGAGUCUCGCUGCCGAGGAGAGGACAGCUGAGGCAGCAACUGAAGUGGCCCUGCCACCGUCCUCCGGGACGAGUGCAUCUGUAAGCCUCGAAGAUCAUCAGAGAGGUCAUGGCCCAAGCUCAAGUCACGCCACCGGAUCCGCCGCCAAUCUACCGCCUGCGACAGCGACCAGCACGAAGGAAGAGAAGGACAUUGUUUCACCUACUUCGUCCCCUGCGGAGGCUAGUCAGCGCCAACGCCGCCCCGGGACACGUCGCUCGCACAUCGCUCCGUCGUCCCUAGCAGCUUACGUGGAAUCAAAGGGUUACUUUAGCGUCACAGAGCUAGUCGGCCCCACCUGGUGCGAGUAUUCGUACCAGUAUGGCAUCUUCGGCCUCUCUUUCCUCCCGGCCUCUCAGCGGCCCACGGAAGUGGCUCUCCCCUCUGGCGCUGUUCUUCGACCCAACUUUGUGCUAGCCGAGAAGAAGGAAGAGAUUCAGGUAGCUGGGCGAGAGAUCCACAAGAAGCUUGAGGAGGAGAUUCAUCCUGAGAAGGUGUAUGUGCAGACAAAGAGUAGAGAGGACGAUUGGGCUUUGAGGUUGCUGAGACUGGUGGUUGGACUCAGAGCGCUCAUCGAUGGAGGGUGUGUCAGAGAGCUGCCGGUCUUCGGAUGGGUACAGGACCAUCUCGUGAUGGGCAUCAUUGAUGAAAUCGAGAGACGACCUUUAGCGCCGAAGAAGCGUAAGCAACAACCGCCUUCUGUGCUAGAUGCGGAGCCUCCACAAGAUCAGCCAAAGCUACCGUUUGCACCUCCAACUUCACCUCACAAGACAUCGUCCACUUCGACUGCCAAUCCUCAGACCCAGAUUAAGUCCCCCAGCGCAGGCACCGGCAAGAAGCAAUGGGCCUCUCAAGAGGAGUGGAAGGCGCACGAGCGCAAAGUGUCAGCUGCCAAGAAGAUGGCGGCAAAGAGUAAGAACAAGGCAAAGAGCCGAGCAGGAGGCCCAACGGCCAGUCAAAGCAAGAGCGCAGCCCCAGCUACGCCGGAAAAGAGCCAGAAGUCGCCUGCCAAGGGAACUCUAAUGGGCUUCUUUGGUGUGACAAAGGGAGCAGUUGAUCUGGCGGAUUCAGCGACAGUCUCCGAAAGUCAGGGUGAGGUUGAGAAUCUACUUGAGGUGGACGUGGCUGCGCCGGCUGCGGGCUUAUCCCCUGCGGAAGCUUCAUCUGCGCCAGUCCCUAGCCAGAGCAUGCAAUCGUCGCAGGCAGUCGCAGCUCCUUCGUCUCAGCAACCAUCGCGAAAUCCCAAAGUUGACCGGAAAGUGGAUGCUGGACCGCCUGAUUCGCCGCGCUUCGGCUAUUUCCUUGGCGACACCAAGACACGUCUCUUCCCUGCCAUACCAGCGAUAGUGGAUCAAAGAGCGGCGAGGCUGCAGACCAUGCUUUACAAGAGGCUCCUCGACGGCCUUUGUCUCGGAGCUAUGCGCCGACGGGCUGCCCACCUUGGAAAAGAGGUGGCUGACGCCGCAAGAGACCCCAGCGAAGCAGAGAGGGACGUCGGUCUGCUCCUCGACACUGAUGCUACGCCCGUAGAAUUUGAACGGCUGUUCUCCUCGCUGGGCCUCGAAGCUCGUGAGACGCUCAGUGACGCUUUCCUGGAGGAUGCACAGGUACUGCUAGAGGGCAUUGAGCCUCCGACUGGUAGAAAGAGCACAAGAGGAGGCAGAGAGGAACCGAUUGACCUCACUGCUUCGCAGGAGAUCCUGCCUGGUGUGCAAAGUCUCUCCGAUGUAGCUCAGCUAGCAGACAAGACCUUAGUCGAGCUGAUCUACACCGCUCGUAAGCAGGCUGGCCUCUCCGCGGAGACUGGACCCGAAGAGGGCACGCACUAUGCUGCAGCGCUGCAGACGAGCUUGAGCCUGAUUUACCGUCUGCAGAGCAAGAAAGGAGGCCGAUGGAAGAGGAACAAGAAGAAGAGGGAUCCGGAGGAGACUAGCAAGGCGCUACCUCCCUCUGAGAAGGUCGGCUCGUCAGACACGCCUCAAUCGCUUGCGGGUGAGGCAGUACGACACCAGACCAGCACUCUCCCUUUUGCUACCCAGGCGAACGGUCUUGCUAUGCACGACGCCGACAAUGACGACGAAGUGCAACUGAUGCUCGCAAUCCAGAUGAGCCUCGACAGUCAAGCCGAGGUCCGCCUGUCCGGCGCUGGGGCAGAAGAUGGCGAAGGCAAAGAAGGGAGUCAAGGCUCACCGCCUGUCGCUACGCCAAUAAAGACAAGAGGAAGAGGCAAGCGGCGAUCGAGCGCUUCCACUGUGUCCGGACUAUCGCAGGCGUCUUCUAGUCCGUUUUCACAGCAGCCUAGGAGGAAGAGUCGCAGGUUGGCCGAGGCGAGAGGGGAAGAAUCUAGCGCGGUGAAGACCAAUGGCUCACAGGUGAAUCAGACAAGCGCCAACUCUCCAUCGCUCGCUUCAACUCCCACCGCUCCGCCAAAAAACAGCAAUGGCAGUAGCAGCAAGAGCAACUCCGACGGCAAGUCCACCCUGAUCGGCACAGUCCACUACACGCACUCUCCCCGUCUCCUCUCCCUCCAUCUCUCCUCCAUCCUAGGCUUCUGGCUACAGACACGCAUGCCAAGGGGAGUAAAAGAGAGUGAGACGUGGAAGUGCAAUGGGUGUGAGUGGCGUGAGGGAUGCGAAUGGCGUGCUGAGAGGGGAGAGGAAAGAUGGAAGGACGCGCUGGCUUCGAGGAGUCGACGUGAGGAGGAGCAGAUGGUAAUGCAGAUGGAACAUCAAAGGGAAAUUGGUCAGUUGGGAGAGGGUGAAGAUGCAGAAGAAGAGGAAGGUGAUAGCUCUGCGGAAAUCAUUGACCUCGGAGUCGGCAAUACAGACUCCGUGCGAGAAGAGGAAGAAGGGCCAGGAGACGAGGAUGAGGACGAGGAUCUCUGGAAGCACUUUAACACCACGGAUGACAUCGGUGACGAGUUGGACAUCGAGGAAAUGGAUAUUUCGAUGCAUUGAGAGCUUCAAGACGCUUUUCCUCCAUCUGUAGCCUAUCAUACGCUUUCCACAUGUCUAUCGCUCGCACAGCAAACAAUCAGCAAUAUGUAUGUAUUUCGCAA